AUUAUUAAAAAACAUUAAUAUAUUAUUAUAAGAUUGAGAUUAAAAUUGAAUAAUUGGUUAAAAAACUAUUGAUAAACCAAUUGAUAAACCAAUUGAUAAUAACAAACAACACUUGACUUAAGUUGAAUCACCAGAUAAUUGUGGACACAAUGUUGAAGCCGAAGACAUUAACACACAUCUUGAGUGAAGCCAAUACUUCUGGAGUCGAGUGCACGAUUUUACUGAACAGAGAGGGGACACUCUUGGCGUACUCAGGAUUUGGUGAUAGAGACGCCCGAAUGAUAGCUGCCAUCACAUCAAGUAUUUGGUUGUCAUAUGAGAAAUACGGCAAAACUGGUCUCAAUGAAGAUACACUUCAGUCGAUUAUGUUUGAGUGUCAGGACGGCAAUGUUGUGGCGGGAAGUGUAGCCAACCUAUUGCUCUGUCUUGUGGCCAAAAAGAAUGUACCCUUAGGUAUGCUUCAGAUGAAAAUCAAGUCACUGACCGACCACUUGGAGACACCACUGAGACAAAUGUCCGCCUCAUGAGUGACACGAGCUUUCAUGUUAUUUGUCGCCAGAAAUCAAUUGCAAAGAGUUUUAUUAAUAUUUUUUUAUAAAUAGUUUUUAUUGAGAAUAAAUCAUAAAUCAACUUAAGUUAUAAUUUAAAUAAAAUAUUCUAAAUAUUUGUAU